AUGAUCACAUUCCACCAAAACGUCGAGUCCUUUGCGGACUUUUCGCUCAAUUUGGUGGAAUCGAAUUCAUCGUCAUCGUCAACAAUCUUUGUAGCAGAUCCUUCUCUAUUCACUCUGGAAAUAUUGGAUCGACCUCCAUCUUCAAAGCAAUCUGUAGCAUUCAUCAACAAAUUUGAACGUACAAAUGUUGUAUUGGUGGAAUCUCUCAGUGAAUUAAUUGAUAUUCUCAAGAGAAGCAGUUACGGUGGAGAUACUGACGUCAUUCGUCACCAUGAUUCGGCGAUUGGAUUCUACGGAAUAUUUCUGUAUUUACUUCAAAUGGGAUGUGGCGUAUCAGAUGAUGUAUCAUUCAUGGAUAUGGAGGAUUUCUCUGCACAAUCUGUCAAUUAUAUAAUGCAUUUCUUGUAUAACUUAGCGUAUUAUCGCAAAAUUGAAGUAAGGAUAUGUGAGACAAAGAAGGGCCCAAGAUUUCAUGAAAAUACAAAUUCAUAUCCACCUUUUUGGUAUAACGUUCUUCCCAACAUCUUUUGUGAGACUGUUGAAGAUGAUGAUAUGUCUAUGGAGAUUGAGAUUGGGGUAAUACUUUCCAAAUGGGUUCAAAAUAUUAUUUAA